AUGGCGGGUACAGAACCCGACGAAUACCUGCCAUUCGACACCAACGCCGAGUACGAUCCCGACUUUUCCACCGACUCAUACGGGCUGUCUGAUAUGGAACCGUCUCCACGCCGCCCCUCCGCACCUCGCGGCCGGCCCGCCGCUCCCUCCGCCGCCGCCGCUUCUGGAUCUGCCACCAAGAAGAAGUGGACCAAGGCCCAAGCCCAGAAGUUGCCUACAACGGAGAUUGAUGUUUCGGAGGAUCCGGUGUACGCCAACAACCAGAGAGUGACUGCGUAUUGGGAGCGCAUCGCCGAGAAAUACAACGCGGCCAAGCCGGCGAACGCGUACAAGCGCCACAAGGAGCAGCUCCGCAAGCACUGGGAUCAAAUAAAGAAGCAGGUAAAUUUGUUCGCGGCGGAGUACGAGAAGUGUGAGAGGGAGCAGGCCAGUGGCGAGAGUCUCGCGGAUGUGCGGGACAAAGCGAUGCAAUCGUACAUUUUAUUGUACGGCGAUUUCAAGCACUACCAGUCCUGGGCGCUCUUGAGGGACAAGCAGAAGUUCGUUGGUGGUGUGAUUCCCCAAUCGAUGGCGGCGAGGAGGAGGGCGUCGAAGCGCACCUUCAAUGCUUAUACAAGUAGCGAUAGCGGCGCGUCUCCGAUGGACCUCAACAGUCCGGUGUUCGAGGAUGAGAGUUCCGGCACACCGAUGUCCUCCCGGCGUCCCCCUGGCGUCAAGGCUGCCAAGGGCAAGGCCACAUCAACCUCCGUCGCGCCGCGCUGA